AAGUAGAAAUUAAUUAACAACAGAAUUUCAACGAAGACGGUCGUGCGGGUGUUCACUUUUUAGGGGUUGAGAAACAAGUUCAGGCACCUUGAGCAUAAACGAAAGAAGUCACAACAUAGAAGGCAAUAACUGGAAAAAUGCCACCAGAAAUGGACUCGGGAACGUGCGAUUACUCGUGGAUCUGCCUCUCAUGCCUACUGUGUGAACAGACUUUCGACUCUGCCGAGAAACUGCAGGAUCACCUGAUGAUUCACUUUCCGCAGCCGGUAGCCAGGACCCACAUCUGUGACAUCUGUGGACGAGGGAUGCGAUCGCCAUUGGAGCUGCACCAGCACUACAAUCGAUACCAUGAGGCUCAUGUGACGUGCAACGACGAUGGCCACUUUCAGUGCCAACUGUGUGAUAAGGUGUUCCUCCUUGAGGACUAUCUGAAUGUGCAUGUAAAGAUCGAGCACUCGAGUGAGGGUUACCGUCCAGCGGAGAUGUACUCGGAGUGCGAGAAGCCCUACCAAAGAUAUGUAGACUUAACCAACGACGAUGAGAAUAACUCCAUCUUGUGUCCACCUCCAAAGCGGAAGUAUCCACUACGCUCGCCCUUCUUUAAUCCAGAUCUUAGUCUGGACGCAGUUAACACCUUCUUCUGGUGAUGACUACUGACUAAUAUAUUCUCCUAUUCCCAAACUAUGCUAACCAGCAUAUGCCAUUAUUGCAAUUACCUUCGAGAGCUCAUCACAGAGUGAUUCUCCGAUAGCCCAACAAAAGUGUAAAUAAAACCCACUGCCUUAUGAUUUAAUUAAAAUGUAUUUCGCUUUAUAUCUUGAUGCACUCUCGUAUGUGUAUAAAGUAUAGUACAGUACAUAUA